AGUAUCUUCAAGAAGCUUUAAACCAAACUCCAAAUUUUACGGUUUUACCGCUUUAUCUAUCUGACGUUUCAGCUCUAGAAGUGUUCUUCUCUGUUUUUGUAGCGAAACAAAAAAAAAAUGGCCGAAAACCUUGAGAUCCAGAUCGAAGACAAGAACCCGAAAUUCCCCAAGAACUUGCUGCUAUGGCUACCGAAACUUCCCUUCAACAGGAAACGCAGCGUUGAAGUUGCGAUCCAAAAGAAACCCAAUGAAAAACAGUCGGGUGGUGAUGACGAGAAAAUUAGCAAGAAUAACAAGGCAGCCGAUGUUGUGAAGUUCUCGGAGCCUUGGCAGGCUGUUCCACCGCCUUUGACGCUUGAGGCCGACGUCUCUGGAACCACUUCAAACAAAAUUAUUCUCUGGCAGGUAUAUGCGAUCGGUGGUAUCUUCUUAGUGAAAUGGAUAUGGGCAAGAUGGAAAGAAAGGAAGGAGAUGGGAUCCAAGAAGGAAUCACCCGAUGAAGACGACUGCCCCCUGCCGUCGAUGACUCUCAAUAUGUAUGAUUCUCUAGUUUUGUUUUAUGGUGCAGUUUAUAUUCCCAACUUUAGGAGGUAUAGUAGAAUCAAGACCGAGUACCUAAUGCUUGUUUGCUGACUGCUUUGUUGAACUUCUUUAUCAUCACAAACACAAUUUCAUGAUUUCCAUCUUUGGUAGGGGAAAAAAAAAAUGAGUUUGGGUAUAUGUAUACACACGUUUGUUAUUUUAUUUUUUUUUUUGUUUCA